AUUGACCCACCAGUGUGAAGAGAAGCUCCAUCCAUAGACUCGCAAUUUCUUUUAUUUAUUUCAGUCACUCUUUUGUAUUUUAAGGACUCCCAAUGUGCCGCUCUUUGGUUUUUGAUCUAAAUUUUUUCGAGCUUCUUGCAUUAAUUAAUUGAAUCAUUUUAGCUGAACCCCUUUUUCUCAAAUUUACGUCGCACCAAUUCGUUAUAUUACCUUAAUAGUUGGUCGAUUUCCGGCCACCAAUGCUUUCUCUUCUCAAAUCAGUUUCUAAGUUUUACAAAUCAGCUACAACUUCUCUACAUAAAGAUGCUGAUUUCAAUGCUUUAUUCAACUCCUGCGUCAAUGUUAAUGCUACUAAGAAGCUUCAUGCUCUUCUUCUGGUAUUUGGAAAAUCUCAAAACAUUGUUUUAUCAACAAAGCUUAUUAAUUUAUAUGUCACUCAUGGUGAUAUUUCAUUAUCUCGUUCCACAUUUGAUUAUAUUCACAAAAAGAAUAUCUUUUCAUGGAAUUCAAUUAUAUCUGCUUAUGUUCGAUUUGGAAAAUACCAUGAAGCUAUGAAUUGUGUCAAUCAAUUGUUUUCAAUGUGUGGUGGUGGUCAUUUACGACCUGAUUUUUAUACUUUUCCUCCUAUAUUGAAAGCUUGUGUAAGUCUUGUUGAUGGGAAGAAAGUGCAUUGUUGUGUUUUUAAGAUGGGUUUUGAGGAUGAUGUAUUUGUUGCUGCUUCUUUGGUUCAUUUGUAUUCGCGGUAUGGUGUUUUAGAUGUUGCACACAAGGUGUUUGUUGAUAUGCCGGUGAAAGAUGUGGGGUCUUGGAAUGCGAUGAUUUCGGGGUUUUGUCAGAAUGGAAAUGCAGCGGGGGCGUUAGGUGUUUUGAAUAGGAUGAAAGGUGAGGGGGUGAAGAUGGAUACGAUUACGGUGGCGAGCAUACUUCCUGUUUGUGCACAAUCGGAUGAUGUUAUUAAUGGGGUGUUGAUUCAUUUGCAUGUGUUGAAGCAUGGGUUGGAUAGUGAUGUUUUUGUUUCAAAUGCUUUGAUUAAUAUGUAUUCGAAGUUUGGUAGGUUGCAGGAUGCACAAAUGGUUUUUGAUCAGAUGGAAGUGAGGGAUUUGGUAUCUUGGAAUUCUAUAAUUGCUGCGUAUGAGCAGAAUAAUGAUCCAAGUACUGCACUAAGAUUCUUUAAAGGGAUGCAAUUGGGUGGAAUACGGCCUGAUUUGUUGACGGUUGUGAGUUUGACGUCAAUUUUCAGUCAGUUAAGUGAUCAAAGGAUUAGCAGAUCUAUUCUUGGAUUUGUUAUAAGGCGUGAAUGGCUCGAUAAGGAUGUCGUGAUCGGAAAUGCACUUGUAAAUAUGUACGCAAAAUUGGGAUAUAUGAAUUGUGCACAUACAGUUUUUGAUCAGCUUCCAAGAAAAGAUACAAUUUCAUGGAACACAUUGGUCACAGGUUAUACUCAAAAUGGUCUUGCAAGUGAGGCAAUUGACGCUUACAACAUGAUGGAAGAGUGUCGAGAUACAAUCCCAAAUCAAGGGACCUGGGUGAGCAUUAUCCCAGCAUAUUCCCAUGUUGGAGCUUUACAGCAAGGGAUGAAAAUUCAUGCGAAACUAAUAAAAAACUCACUCUACUUGGAUGUCUUUGUAGCUACCUGCCUAAUUGACCUCUAUGGAAAAUGUGGGAGGUUAGAAGAUGCAAUGUCCUUAUUUUACGAAAUCCCACGGGAUACUUCAGUCCCUUGGAAUGCCAUAAUAGCUUCUCUUGGGAUUCACGGUCGUGGAGAAGAAGCUCUGCAACUUUUCAAAGAUAUGCUAGCUGAAAGGGUAAAGGCAGAUCAUAUUACCUUUGUAUCUUUGUUGUCGGCUUGUAGCCAUUCGGGUUUGGUUGAUGAGGGCCAAAAGUGCUUUGAUAUUAUGCAGAAAGAAUAUGGGAUCAAGCCUAGUUUGAAGCACUAUGGCUGCAUGGUGGAUUUGCUUGGCAGAGCUGGGUAUUUGGAAAAGGCUUAUGAAUUAGUGAGAAAUAUGCCUAUACAACCAGAUGCAUCCAUCUGGGGUGCUCUUCUCUCUGCUUGUAAAAUAUAUGGAAAUGCAGAAUUGGGUACACUAGCUUCAGAUCGCUUAUUGGAAGUUGAUUCGGAGAAUGUUGGCUAUUAUGUUUUGUUGUCAAAUAUCUAUGCAAAUACAGAAAAAUGGGAAGGAGUAAUUAAAGUAAGAUCGUUGGCCAGAGAUCGAGGAUUGAGAAAAACACCUGGGUGGAGCUCUGUUGUAGUUGGCAGUAAAGCUGAAGUCUUUUAUACUGGGAACCAAACUCAUCCAAAAUAUACAGAGAUAUACAAGGAAUUAAAGGUUUUGAGUGCCAAAAUGAAGAGCCUUGGCUAUGUUCCGGAUUAUAGUUUUGUCUAUCAAGAUAUUGAGGAGGAUGAAAAGGAGCAGAUUUUGAAUAGUCAUAGUGAGAGAUUGGCCAUUGCAUUUGGAAUUAUCAGUACCCCACCAAGAAGUCCGAUUAGGAUAUUUAAAAACUUGCGUGUUUGCGGCGAUUGUCAUAAUGCAACUAAGUAUAUAUCUAGAAUUAGUGAGAGGGAAAUAGUUGUGAGGGACUCGAACCGUUUCCAUCAUUUUAAAGAUGGGAUUUGCUCAUGUGGUGAUUACUGGUAAAAGUCACUAAUUUAUGGGAACUUGAUGUGGAUGCAGCUAAAAGUAUCGAGGAUUCUGUCAUUAAUAUAGAGUUAAAGCCUCUCGCUCAAGCUCCCAGAUUUGCCUCCCAUCCGAGGGUUGCUUUUGUGAAGAUACCAGAAUGUGGCAUCCUUGAUUCCAUUAAACCAAUUUCAGAAGUUGAAUCCAAAGAACGUCAAGACAUGAUUGACUUGGCAUUGCAGAAGUACUUUGAAGUUGACAGAUAUUUGUCAAGAGGGGAUGUUUUGGAAUUAGCAUUAAUUGGAACUGUAAUUCCACGAUUUGCAUUCCUUGUAACCAAACAACACAAAAGAAUGAAAACAUUAUCUGUUUUAAGUUAUGUUUACGUCUUCUCUCUCAUAUUUUUAAACCUCAAGAAAGUGUAUCAGGUUCUUUGUUAGAGUGUAACUUAUAUCUUCAGGUCAUUGCUAUGGAACCAUCAGAUGAACCAGUUCUUCGUGUCAAUAAAACCUUAACUGCUUUGGUGUUAGUAGUGAGUUCCCCAUCUGCCCUUCCUCCAGAUUUGUUAACUACUGGACCAGAAGGGCCUGUACCUUUGCUAAGAGACACAGUGAAGAUCUUGGUUUCAAUACUCGCACCGACUUUAUGUCCAUCUGCGCUCUCUUCCAAGUUUAGGGUUUCAGUGUUAUUGUAUGGCUUGGAAGGUUGUGGGAAAAGGACUGUUGUUAGAUAUGUUGCUCGUCGACUGGGCCUGCAUGUGGUGGAAUAUAACUGUCAUGAUCUAAUGGGCUCCGAUAGAACAUCUGUUGCUCUAGCUCAAGCUUUCAAGGCUGCGCAAAGAUACUCACCAACAAUACUUCUACUUCGUCAUUUUGAGGUUUUUCGAGAUUCACAAUCACCUGAAGUUUGACAAAAUGAUCAAAGAGGAAAUACAUCUGAGGUUGGGGGUGCAACUCAGAAGGGAGCUGAUUCUGCUACUCGGCAAAUUAUUAUUGAAGGUCCUCUAUGCGAAGAUUACUAUAAAAUUCGAGAUUAUCUCUAUUCGCAGUUUUACUUGCUUUAGAUUUGGUUGUACAAGUACAUAGACUAACCGUGAACUUCUUACCUUCCCUACCCUAUUUUCUGAAGAAGGCAGAGAAUGCAAAGUACUAUCUAGAUGCUUGUAAACAUGGUUAAUUUCGUAGCCAUUCUAACAAGAUUCACAGGCGCUGUUAUCCACUUUCGAAGUUUUAAAUGAAGAGAUCACACUGCAUUAUUUUCAGUUUGUACCUCAUAUUUACAUCAACCAUCAUAGCAACUGGGGUAUAUGAACUUUUCAAGUGUGUUUGCUCUAUUUGUAAUUGUAGAAAAGGAAUUUACUAUGUUCCUAUUUAUCUGUGUCAUUACUUUUCAUCUAUAGUACAUGCAGUGUUUAACAACAUUGAAUUAGAUAGAUAAACAAAUAUGUGUAGAGAUAGUUUCUUUUCAUCCUUUGAUAAUUUGGUUGAUAUCAUUGAGCUGAA